CUCUGUCUUCAGCUCUGAGGUCAAACCCCUCCCACCUGAAAGAGCUGGACCUGAGCUACAAUCACCCAGGAGACUCUGCAGGGGGACUGCUUUCAGCUGCUCUGGUGGAUCCCACAGAUAAACUGAUGAAGCUGAAUGUGGAUCAUGGUGGAGAGUUCAGGCUGAAAUCAGGGCUGAGGAAAUAUGCCUGUCAUCUCACCCUGGACCCAAAUACAGCAAACCCACACCUGAUACUGUCUGAGGGGAACAGGAAGGUGACACGGGUGGAGGAGAAGCAGCAUUAUGAAGACCAUCCAGACAGAUUUGACAGUCUUCCCCAAGUUCUCUGCAGAGAAGGCUUAUCUGGAUCUCGUUAUUACUGGGAGGUGGAGAGGGAUGGUGACUGGGCUUACAUUGGUGUGGUGUACAAAGGAAUGAAGAGGAAGGGAGAUAUGGAGGAUAACAGGAAGUCCUGGUGUUUAUUCUGCUCUGACAGGAUUCCUCAGAGCUGUAAGACUUGUGACCAUGUUGAGGACUCCACACAGUGGCUUCAGAUUGAACCCUUGACUUCCACUGUCCAGGGAGUGAAAAUGUUCAGGCACAGGACACCCAAAGGGCGUUAUGAGUGCACAGUGUCUGGGCUCCGCUGGGUGUGUGAGAGAGAUGUCAUUCUGAAGUAUCACUUCAGGAACUGGGAACCCUACAGUCAACUUCUGAAAGACAUGCAGUACGGACAAGGUGGUCCAUUGCUGGACAUCUCUAUGGAGUUAGGUGAACUGGAGGAAGUUCAUCUGCCACACUUUGUCUGUUUAGGGACCAACCCUUCCCUGAGGAAUGAGAUUAAGAUUCUUCAUGUAGAGGAACAUGGAGUGUCUGUUGAGGAAGUGCAUGAGGUCACCAGAUUCCAUGCUAAGAUUCUCCAUCCCAAGUUCUCAGCUAUCUCUGUUAUACUGAGCUAUAUCUUUUUUUGGAACGUAGAUGUCCACUGUGACGUGGUCCUCUAUAUGGCAGUAAAAAAGGCAACAGUAAUUUCACGGCUGUACAUGCUCCUCAGAAACUCCAGUCAGAAAGAGGCUGUUCGGGACCGGGAGAAGAAUCAGGUGUCCCAAGGAUAUUCAGAAUUUCUGCUGUCAAGUCCAAACAGGUCCUUAAAGCUGAACAGUUGGUUUGCAGUCAAGAAUCCCCAUUCCUCCUCCAUCAAUCCAGAGAAGAUUCAGCUGUUACCUGCAGACACCACACCAAGCUGUUGUAAGAUGGUUAUGAGAAACACAGGGGUUGACAUUGAGAUGGAGUUAAUCGGGGAUGAUGAGAGGACAGUAUGGAAAUCAGUGGUAUCAAAAGAUGAAUACAGCAAAGACUCUCAUCCAAUAGCAUUAACAGUCCCUGACAUUCCUGCUGAGGAGUUUCUGAAGAAACACUGGGCUAAACUAAUUCAGCGAACCAAAACUCAAUGCCAAUAGCAGAUGAUCUGUGGUCAAAGAACAUGAUUGGUGAAGAAGAGCACUCCAGAAUAACAGCUGAAACAACUGAACAGGACCGAAUGAGAAAACUACUGAAAGCAGUCAUCCCCAAAGGACCAGAAGUGACGGGAGCUUGUCUCAAAGCUCUCGUUGAACAUGAAAACCAUCUUGUUAAGGACUUGAGUGAAUCUAGAACCUAAUCUGAAGACGCUGAGGCCUGUCUCCUAGUCUGU